UGCCAUUAAGAGAUGGCUUUUUGGCUUGUUGGUGUGUCUCGGCGCGCGCACACACACGCGCGGGAGGCUGGAGCUUGGAGGGGCGCAGGCUGGCGCGGUUUUAAGCCGGAGGGACAGCCACGGGCUCCAAGCUUUUCUCCUCUCGUCGGGACACGGACAUGGGGGGGGAAUGUGGACCGGGACGGGCGCUCUUUUGGAUGAAUAGAUGAACGGAUGGUGUCCCCCCAACACACAUGGACGCAGCUGUCCGGAUAGAACCUCAGACCUGCGUUAAUCCUGGCAUGUCCCAGAUGAGAGACUGCAGAAAUGACUGUCAUCACCUUCGCUGUCUCUGUGCUCUGCCUGCUGCCCCAGGCGGCGUCGGGCCGGUGGGCUUGCGUCCGGGCCUGCCCGCCGUCCUGCACGUGCACCCAGGAGAGGAGCUGCAGCGUGCUCUGCGAUCGCUCGGCCCUGGCCGAGCUGCCCAGAGAGUUCCCGUGCGAGGCCUCCGCCAUCAACCUGGAGAAGAACCGGCUCAAGUUCCUGUCUGAGCGGGCCUUCGGCACCCUGCCCUCCCUCAAGUCCCUCUCUUUGGAUCACAACAACAUCUCCUUCAUCACCCCGGGAGCCUUCAAGGGCCUCUCCAACCUGGUGGAGCUGAGGAUGGCGCACAACGACUACAUCAGCUACCUCCACACGCGCACCUUCUCCGGGCUGAAGAAGCUGGUGCGGCUGGACCUGUCGGACUGCAACCUCUUCAACAUCCCCGACCGCAUCUUCAUCGAGCAGCCCGCGCUCAGGGAGCUGCUGUGCUUCCAGAACAACUUCCGGAGGAUCCCCGGAGCCAUCCGAGGCAUGGAGAACCUGACGCACAUCUACCUGGAGAGGAACAAGAUAGAGGCCGUGGCCUACAACUCCCUGCUGGGCCUGGAUCGUCUCAAGUACCUGGACCUCCAGGGGAACCGCAUCAACGUGAUCCACGACAACGCCUUCCAGGACCUGGUCCGGCUGGAGAACUUCUACCUCAACGACAACCUGCUGUCCACCCUGCCCCGGUUCGCCUUCCGGGGCCUCAGCCGCCUCAAGAUGCUCAACCUCGGGGGCAACCAGCUGAUCAACGUCUCCCGCACCUGGUUCAGCGACCUGGUGGAGCUGGAGGUCCUCUACCUGGACCGGAACCAGCUGCUGCACAUCGAGGACGGCGCCUUCGAGAACCUGACCAGUCUGAUCACGCUGCACCUGAACAGCAACAACCUGACCGCCCUGCCCCUCAGCGUCUUCCAGCCCGUCUACUUCCUGGGCCACCUGUACCUCUUCCGGAACCCCUGGGAGUGCGACUGCUCCCUGGAGUGGCUGAAGCUGUGGAUGGACAGCUACAAGCUGGUGCGCGACAUCCCCUGCGCCGCGCCCUCCUCGGUGGCCGGCCUGGACCUGAGCCAGGUGGUUUUCAGCAGCCUCAACGGCUCCUGCGUGGACCCGUCCGAGCUCAACCUGACCACCGCCUCCUCCGAGGUGGCGGCCACCACCGAGGACCGCUUCAACAGCCUCAUCUCCAAGCUGCUCCAGCAGGAGCUAAGGGAGGAGAUGGGGAACGGGACCGAGAGCCUUCGCAACGGGACGCUGUCGGACGAGGAGGGGCAGCUGUCCGCGGGGGCCCGGCCCGCCCCGACCGGCCAAUCCCUGCUGGCCCUGGCGGUGGGGUGGCUCCUCUUUGGUUCGUUAGGCCCGCCGGACGCUCACUCCUGUCUUCGCUACACAUGAGGGGGCGGCGUUUUGAGUUUCUCAAGAAAUAAAAGCCAUUUGUGACGCGUCCACAGAAAAUAAAAAAGAAAGAAAGAAAUGCUGGUUACUCCCGCGAGGCUUUGAGGGCCAGCGUAUAGGAGGUGGAUGCUGAUUUGGGAGCAGAGAAAGAAACGGCAUGGUUUUGAGCAUCGUUUAUUUCCAUGUGAGCUGUUUAUUUGCAAUUAUAUCUGCCGUUUGUAAAAGAAAUGGAAAAACAUGGCCGGUUCCUGAAGGAGCCAAACCUGCAUGGCUGUGGGAUUUACUCCUACGAUGGCACUGACGGAUGGAUGAAAAUGUACAUUGAGAAAGCCAUUUUUUUGUUGCAUAAUGCUCAAUUAUCAUUAAUAUUAUGUAAUAUUUAUAGCAUAACAGUAUAUUGAGAGUGCUUUUUUUUUGUGUGCGUGUUUUCAUUCACA